AUGUUGUUUGAGAAACUCAAGAUCUACAAUACUCCAGCCAAAUUAUUGGAGAAACUACGUGAAGUUCGUAAGCAAUAAGAACAGGAAGAAUAGGAGGGAUCCCCUAAUCAGGUCACAGACACAUAGAAAAUCGGUACUACGACAUAGCCCUUAUCUAGUGCGGCAAUUAAGUUUACGGACUACUUGGACGAACCUCAAUCAAAAAUCUCCCAUUGUUAAAUCGCAAUUAGAUAUUAUCAAAAUGCGAAUGCCAUCUAACAAAAUGAAUUCAUGUACUCUUAUUACUGAGAUACCUAUACGAUAGAAAAUGCAACUGCACAGUGUUCGAACCGAUGACAAACAAGAUUUAAAGGAAAUGUAAUAGAACUUAAGGAUGGAGACUAUAUAAGAUCUCUUUUAAGAAGAUUAGAAACUUAUUGAUCAACUAAACGAAGAAGCUUAUGUCUUAUCUUAAAGACUUACUACUAAAGAAGAAGCUAGCCCAGUUCGACCUUUUAAUCGUAAACAUCAUUAACCAAACUAAACCCAGAGACCAUAAAGAAGAGGAGCUACAGUCAUUGCUGCAACAAAACUGGAAGAUCUUAAGAAAUAACAACCCUAUCUAUAUGAGGAUCGACAAGAUCAACCUUAUGAUGAUUUAUCAGAUCGUGGAAAAUUUCUAAAAAAAUAUAGAUUGGGAAAGUAAGUUACUUUUAUCACAUGAAUAGUAAAAACCUAUAGAAGGUUAAUCAAAAGGACUUUAGAAGUGCUACCAAAAAUUUUAAGAAACUUGAAGAAUAUGCUUAAUUCUAUAAACAAUAACCGAAUUUAUAUUUACAAUUAAACAAAAGCUCUCAAGGUAUAAAUUUAUUAUAGAGCAUCAGUCAACAAUAUUUUUCAAUCUGGUCUUGGGUUAGUUAAUUCGAAUUAUACCAUAUAAAGUGCUGAAUCAUAAGGAAUGCUAAGGAAUGCGUCUAAAAUAAGAGUUUUUACAGAGGCUCUCUAAUCUCCUUAAUGUAAGUCUCUGACUCAACUGAAACUCAGUCAUAACCAAUUAACCUCGCCUAAAAUUAAGAGUUUAGUUGACAAUUUCCCUUUACAAAUUUAGGAUUUGGAUCUCAAUAAUAAUGGAUUAGAUUCAAAAGCUUGUGAGACAUUGGCUAAGUACAUGUAGAAAUCAAGAGUAAAGAAACUGUCUUUAGAGAACAAUAAAAUUGGUGAUUUAGGAGCCAAUCAUCUUUUUGUAGCUCUACAAGAUAAUGAUUAUUUGAUAUUACUAAACUUGAGUCGAAACAAUAUAACAGGUAUUUUUGGAAUUAAUUUAAUUUAGACAAUUGUACUAAUGAUUUAUCAAAUUAUUUGAAAAAAUCAAAUGUGCUUUUUGAAUUAUAUUUACAUUUUAAUUCUAUUAGUAGUAAAGGAGGUAUUAAUAUAUGGAAAGCACUUUAUAAGAAUUCAAGUGUCAAAGUUUUUGAUAUUUCUUACAAUCGUACAGCUUCAUUUGAAUGUGCUUAAUAGAUGGCUAAAGUAAUUGCUAAGCCCUAUCCUGAAUUGAUGCAUAUAGAUGUUUCUCAUAAUGGAUUUGAUGAACCAUCAUCUGUAGAAAUUAUGAAGGCUCUAAAUAUUAAUCAAAAUAUUUAUGGAUUCCAUUAUGAAGGGAAUUGUCCUAAAUUUGCAGUUGAUGCAACUGGACAUCUUAGAGAUAGAGAAGCAGAAGAAUUAGCAAGAUAGAAAAAAAUAGAAGAAUGCAGAAAAAAUCCAUAAACAUCUCUUCGUUUAUUAGAUGAUGACCUUCCAGUUUAACAAAAAAAGAGUGUUCAUAAAAAAGAGGAAAUUCAAUAAGUUCAUAGAUUUAGAAGAAUUUGGGGAAUGAAACCAGUUAAACAAAAUUAAUAAUUUGAUAAGCAAAGAGAUUCUUGUUGGAUUUGUGAAGGAUGGGAAGAAGUGAAAUUUACUUGGAGUCCAGGUAAAUCUGGUGGUAUGAACAAUGAUCCUAUUUUUUUACAUGUAAAUUUUGAUGGCUAUCGUCCUGUUCUAAUGAAUCCUCAUUAAGGAGAAUAUCAUUUAUAUAGAAUGUGUCCACCUAAUCAAAGAGUUUUGUAUUUUUUCAGUAAUCCAAUCCUUGGAAUUUAGACAACAGCUAAAAAUUAAAUGAUUAUGUAAACUCCUUAAAAUGAUCCAAUAGCUUAAGGAUUAUAAGAAUUCCUUUACAAUGGAGACAUUUUGAUUGAAGGUAAUAAAAUGUCUUUCGUGAAUGAAGUAUUUACUGAAGGUAAACAUUGUGUGGUUGAUAAGUAUAUUCCUAAGAUUUUCAGUAAACCAAGAGAGGAAGAAAGAACUUAUGAUUUAACUUAAUACAUGAAUAAAAAACAGGCAUUUUGGAGUUAUGAAAUUUCUAUUUUCAAAAACUACUAACCUGAUAAUGAUGAACUUGUAGAUGAAUGUUUUGAAUACGAUUUUCAGACCUCAAAAAUCAACAGAAUUGUCCGUGAUCCAUAAGAAUUAAUGGAAGUUAAAGAAAUUUUAAGAGAAUAUUACCCAUAUAUUUUUGCUAGUUAUAAAUUUUAUGCAUCCACUUUAAUUGGAGCAAGUGUAAAAUAGUUUUUUUAUAUGAAUAGAUUCCAUGUAUUUCUUCUAAUGCAUUUUUCGAUUUUAUUGGUUAGACUGCAGUUUUAACUGACAAAUUUAGACCUGGAGACAUUGAUUUGAAUUUCAUUUCAACAUCAAAUGUUAAGGAUAUUUAAUAUCCUAAUGUUUAUGAAAAGGCAUUAGUAAGAUACCAAUUUAUGGAAGUACUCGUGAGAAUUGCAUUGGAUAAAUAUACUCGAACUGGAAUAUGUAAAUCAAUGAAAUUAAGUGUUCUGAAAUUAUUUGAGGAUGAUUUGGUUAAGGCUAGAUUAUAAGAGAUUGAUCGUGCUUAAGAUUGGAGAGAUUUAAGAUUGUGGAAUGAGCAAUGUGAUAUAUUAAUAAGUAAAAAAUAAUAUAAUUAAUAUUUAGAGGAUCGAUUACCUAUGCUUAAGUUAUUAUUUAAAUACACAUCAAAAUUGAAUGCUAAAUAGAAAUUUUAUAAACACACUUGGAUAUAAUUUAAGGAUUUCAGAGAUUUGAUGUUAAGAUGUGAUUUGUAUUGUGAUAUAUUUGUUGAAAGAGAUGCUUAUUUGGCAUAUUUAUUAUCAAUGCAAACAUAAGUUGAUGAGUUAUUUAGUUUGAGACAUUUUUAAAUGGAAUUCUAUGAGUUUAUUGAAGCUUUAUGUAGAUGUGCUGAAAAAUUAUCACUUAUUAGAACUAAGGAUAUUUUGAGUAUUGAUGAUAGGAGAUAGGAACCACUUCAUAAGAAAAUUGAUGCUUUCUUACUCUUAAUCUAUUUGAGGGCAGGGGAAUCAAUUAAAUAACAAUUGAAAGAAUCUGAAGAUUUUACUGAUUUUGAUAAGUGUAUGACUAGAAAGCAAAAAACAUUAUAAUAAUAAAUAGAAGAAAUGGGUAGUGAAGAAGAAGAUAAACCAUAUAAUCCAGCAGUUGAAGCUGUAUCAUUGGAAGAAUAAUUGAAAUAAGUGCCAGUGUAAACUGUUUAAACGGGUACUAAAUUAAAGAAAGCUUUAUCUUUCUUUACGGUUAUCAAGUAAAUGUAACAAUAGAAGUAACUGAAAUCGAAUUUCUUAUUGACAAAUGUUGUUUAAUACUUUAAAUAAAGGGAAGAGGAGAUGUUAUAAAAUGAAAUGGAAUAAGGAUGA